AUGAAGCUCACUUCUGUUAUUAUUCUUUCGCUUGGCAGUACUGCUCUCGCUGCGCCUGCUGGUGCCUUCGACAAAUUCUGUUCCAAGAAUCGUAACCAGCCUGACUGCUUCGAAGACGAACGUCAGAAUUGGGGCAUUCGGGAUCCUACUGCGGAGGCGCUAGAGAAAGAUGACCCUAACGACGGUGCACGCCCAAUCUCGUUCGAGCCCAUCACUCCGAAGGUGACUCCGGAUAAUGACAACGAGCAGGGCAAAUGCGAUUGCUCUAAGCCUUUCAGCAUGAAUGCUGAUUAUGACGAAACCGACACGGACGCGGAAAGAUGCCCGGCUGGUUACGAGGACCUCUUUGCGCAUCUCAGCAUCCCCAACUGCGUUCAAGCUGGCUGCUCUGAGAGCGACUUCAAGGCCAAGUGCAACCGCAACCCUUUUUAG